AUGCUGCAAUUGUGCCGUCGUACGAUUUCGAUUGAAAACGUCUCUGUACCCAUCCCUGACGAGACCAUUGCAAACAUUGUGCAACAGCAUCUGGUCACUGAUUCCCCUCAUGAGCCAUCCUCUCCUGAUCUGGGAUCCCCAAGCAACACUAGCACAAGCCCUACUACUGUAGAGAAUUCUGGGCGACCCACCGAGGAAAUUCCUAUACCUUAUUAUUUGCCGGGUACAGCUAUUACGCACGAUAUUUAUUCGCAUGCCAAUUCGCUCCUUUCGAAUGGAUCCCCGCUUCAGCGGUCAAAAUCAAGCAACGAUAUCCGGUUCAAAGCAGGCAAGGUCGUGCACAGCGACGAUGAAGACGUCGAUCCAGUGAUGGAAAACUUGGACAAGCCGGGCGGAUUUAGACGCUUCCACAUGCAGCAACAACGCAUGCUUGCCAAUAUCAAUGACGCUGAUGGCUCUGUAAGAUCUGCUAGCAAUCACAGUGAUGCAGCAGCAACACCCUUAUUCCGACCCGCCUCGUCGGCAUCUACUGUAGAUACUACCGAUUAUUCGGGCCUAUUCCAGUCCGAUUCAUUACGCUCCAACACGAUCCAUUCAAUGCGCGGUGUACCUACCCGCCAUUUCUUGGAGUACCUGGCCAUCACAUCCGUCCUGGACCACUUUGCAGGCGAGAACCUGUCGGAUUCAGAAGACGACGAAUACACCUCUGAUAGCGAGGAAGCACCGUUGCUACAGCAACAGAUUCUCCGUCGUAGACAGCCAUGGCGUUACCAACAGCUUGCUAACAACAAACGUCAUCAACGCAACCAAGUUACCGACGUCGAGGACUCCAGGCCAAAGCAUAAGGCGAGUAUAAUGAAAACCGUCUUGUUGCUUUUUAAGGCGUUCAUCAGCAGUGGGAUUCUGUUUUUGCCCAAGGGCUUCUCCAACGGUGGCCUGGGGUUCUCAAUCGCCGUACUCUAUUUUAUGGGCGUUGUGUCAUUGUAUUGCUUUUUGCUCCUAUUAGACUGCAAGCAACACUACUCGGGCAGUUAUGGUGAUAUCGGUGGUGCCUUGUAUGGACCGUGGAUGCGGCGAAUUGUCUUAUUUUCGAUUGGUAUAUCUCAGAACGUUAUUCAAGCAGUGCGAUCGUUAUCGCAUUACACAAUUGAAUUAUCAAACUCUUCAGUGCUUGUUAUGGUGGCGGUCUUACUGGCGCCGAUGGUGCUGAUACGCAACAUUGCUAAAUUAUCGCCGGCAGCCCUCUUUGCUGACGUUCUGAUCGUUAGCGGUCUCUUGAUCCUUCUGGCGUGUGACAUUUACCAAAUCUUUUAUGGUACCGGGGGUGGUCCUACUCCCGGACCGGGUGUGCAAUGGUGGUUUAAUCCAAGUGCCUAUCCAGUAUUUAUUGGCACGGCAGUGUAUUCUUUUGAAGGAAUAGGAUUAAUUAUUCCCAUCCGCGAUGCGAUGGAGAAACCGGAAAAGUUCCCGAUGGUACUGACGCUGGUCAUGAUCCUUGUGGCCACAGCAUUGUGUUCUGUUGGGUCACUGGGCUAUGUUGCAUUUGGAACUGACGUCAAGACCGUGGCCUUGUUAAACUUACCUGAUGGUCCCCUCGGAAGUACGGUCCAACUUGGCUAUGCACUUGCCGUGCAUAUGACCAAUCCAUUGGCUCUGUUCCCUACGGUGCGCAUUGUCGAGCAUGCGUUGUUUGGUGAGCGGACGGGUAAACACAACUUGCAUAUCAAAUGGCAGAAGAACUGCCUGCGGUUUGCUAUCGUGGUCACAUGUGGCGUGAUUGCCUGGGCAGGAGCAAAUGAUUUGGAUAAGUUUAUUAGUUUGAUCGGAUCCAUCUGUUGCUGUCCUUUGAGUUUAAUCUUUCCGCCCUUAUUCCAUUUAUCUUUGGAUAAAACAAGAGGGUUCCAGCGUGUGAUGGACAUGAUACUGAUUACUUUUGGUGUCGGCGUCAUGGUGUUCACUCUGUACAAUACAUCGAAAGAAUGGGGCUCUUCUAAGUAG